GAGCCAUUUCGCCCCGAACCGCCGCGUCGUGUGAGCGCCGUCACAGAGCUCCUGCGAUUCCAAGUUGCCACAUUCUGAAUUAUUCAUCUCUGCAAUAUAACGGUUCCCGAGCUGCUUAAUUUAUUAAUACUCGAAGUUAUCGUUAACGGAUUAAGUGUCUAUUCGAUUUAUAUUAAUCCCGUGUGACUCUGGAAAACGUAGAGCUUCGAAAAUGGAAUAACAAGAGAAGUAACUGCUGGCGAGGUUUGGUUUUGCGAGUGACAUCCAGACCUGCGUAGGAUUUGCGCACUAGGCCUAUUCAACGGAAUCGGUUUGGAAUAGUGUGGUUCCUGGAACCUUUUCGUCACAAUCUGUUUUCGUAACACUGCCUCCUUGAAGAUGCCGAUGCGAGAAUGCCUGAGCGUCCACGUGGGACAGGCAGGUGUGCAGAUUGGCAACGCAUGCUGGGAACUGUAUUGCCUGGAACAUGGAAUCUUUCCAGACGGGAAAAUGCCCUCGGACACGACUGUCGGGUAUGGACACGACUCCUUCAACACCUUCUUCAGCGAGAUGGAGAGCGGCCAGCACGUUCCUAGGGCGGUUUUCGUCGACCUGGAGCCCACGGUGAUAGACGAGAUACGUACAGGACUGUACCGUUCCUUGUACCAUCCACAUCAGCUUGUGACAGGAAAGGAAGACGCGGCUAAUAACUUCGCUCGUGGCCAUUACACAAUCGGCAAGGAAAUGAUUGGUGCCACACUCGAGCAAAUCCGGAGAUUAGCCGAUCAGUCUAACAGCCUACAGGGCUUCCUGAUCUUCCACUCCUUCGGGGGAGGAACUGGGUCUGGGUUCACCUCCCUCCUGAUGGAACACCUGACUGUCGACUAUGGAAAGAAGACGAAAUUGGAGUUCGCUGUCUAUCCUGCACCGCAGGUCUCUACAGCAAUGGUCGAACCCUACAACUCCAUACUGGCCACGCACAUCUCUAUGGAACACAGCAACGUGAGCUUCUUAGUCGACAACGAAGCCAUCUACGAACUCUGCCACAAAAACCUGGGAGUUCUGAGGCCAACUUACCAUAACUUGAACAGACUGAUAAGUCAGAUAGUGUCUUCUAUCACGGCGUCAUUGAGGUUUGAAGGCGCCUUAAACGUAGACCUAACUGAAUUCCAAACAAACCUAGUGCCAUACCCAAGAAUACACUUCCCACUAGCCAACUACGCUCCAGUCCAGGCAGCUGAUAAAGUCAAGCAUAUGCAGAUCUCGACCUCGGAACUGACGAACGAAUGCUUCUCCCCCGGGAUGCAAAUGGUCAAGUGUGACCCCAGGAAUGGCAAGUACAUGGCGGUGACCCUCCUCUAUAGGGGCGACGUCGUUCCGAAGGACGUCAACGCCUCUAUACAAACCAUCAAGAGCAUGAAGUCCAUCGUGUUCGUCGACUGGUGUCCUACUGGGUUCAAGGUGGGUAUUAAUUACAUGCCCCCAACGGUGGUCCCAGGCGGUGACCUGGCGUCCGUGCCAAGGUCACUGUGCAUGCUCUCGAAUACCACAGCCAUAGCAGAAGCUUGGGGUCGUCUGGAUCAUAAGUUUGACCUGUUGUAUGCCAAGAGGGCAUUCGUCCAUUGGUACGUUGGCGAGGGCAUGGAAGAAGGAGAGUUCUCCGAGGCCAGAGAAGACCUGGCCGCCCUCGAGAAGGAUUACGAGGAGAUAGCUGACGACCCUGAGGACUCCCUAGAUGAGGACGAUGAGGACUACUAAGGAUGACUUGAAGCCUUCACUCUGGAAAGAGUAUAGGAAGGUUUAGGACUUCUCAGAAGGAUUUGCAUAGCGGUGAAGUGCCUCAGUGACCCCAGCUUAAGUCAAGGCUUGAGGUUAAAAUGCGUCCUUUUCCCAAGUAUAUGGAAGCGUAUGUGAUUCUGCGGCUUUUUACCAUCAUUAUUUUUUUAUUGUAAUCCAUUCACUUCAUCAUUGUAAAUGCAAAGGAUAUUGUAACUUUAUCAUUAUUUGUUUUAUUUUGAAGGAAUUUAGGAAUUUACAUUCAUCGUUGCACAUAACUUCUCGAAAUUAGUACAAAUUGAAUAUUUUUGUAAUGAGUGACAGAUAUUUAU